AUGUCUGCUGAGGAGGAUCUCAUCGACUACUCCGACGAGGAGCUCCAGACCAACGAGACGGCCGCCGCCUCCAACGGAAAGAAGGCUGACGCCGCCGCUGGCAACAACGUCGACAAGAAGGGCAGCUAUGUCGGCAUCCACUCGACCGGUUUCCGCGACUUCCUCUUGAAGCCCGAGCUUCUCCGCGCUAUUGGCGAUUGCGGUUUCGAGCAUCCUUCGGAGGUCCAACAAACCUGCAUUCCCCAGGCUCUCCUCGGUGGAGACAUCAUCUGCCAGGCCAAGUCCGGUCUCGGAAAGACGGCUGUCUUCGUCCUGACCACCCUUCAACAAGUCGAGCCUGUUCAAGGCGAGGUUUCUGUGUUGGUUAUGUGCCACACUCGUGAGCUUGCCUUCCAGAUUCGUAACGAGUACAACCGCUUCAGCAAGUACAUGCCCGACAUCAAGACUGGCGUCUUCUACGGCGGUACGCCCAUCCAGAAGGAUGUCGAGACCAUCAAGAACAAGGAGACCUGCCCUCACAUCAUCGUGGGCACCCCCGGCCGACUUAACGCCUUGGUCCGCGAUAAGGUCCUUCGCCUUGGCAGCGUCCGCAUCUUCGUCCUCGACGAGUGCGACAAGAUGCUCGACCAGAUUGACAUGCGCCGCGACGUACAGGAGAUUUUCCGCGCCACUCCCACCCAGAAGCAGGUUAUGAUGUUCUCGGCCACCCUGUCCGACGAGAUCAAGCCCAUUUGCCGAAAGUUUAUGCAGAACCCUACCGAGCACUACGUCGACGAGGACACCAAGCUCACCCUGCACGGUCUUCAGCAGUAUUACAUCAAGCUCGAGGAGCGCGAGAAGAACCGCAAGCUCAACGAGCUCCUGGAUGACCUUCAGUUCAACCAGGUCAUCAUUUUCGUCAAGAGCACUCUGCGUGCGACCGAGCUGGAUAAGUUGCUGAGAGAGUGCAACUUCCCCUCCAUCGCCGUCCACUCCGGCGUUAGCCAGGAGGAGCGUAUCCGCCGUUACAAGGAGUUCAAGGAGUUCAACAAGCGCAUCUGCGUUGCCACCGACGUCUUCGGCAGAGGUAUUGAUAUUGAGCGCAUCAACCUGGCCAUCAACUACGACCUGCCCGCCGACGCCGACUCCUACCUGCACAGAGUCGGUCGUGCCGGUCGUUUCGGUACAAAGGGUCUUGCCAUCUCCUUUGUGAGCACCGACCAAGAUCAGGAGGUUCUUAAGUCCAUUGAGAAGCGCUUCGAGGUCGCUCUUCCUGAGUUCCCCAAGGAGGGUAUUGACGCCAGCACCUACAUGGCCUCCUAA